GCAUUGUAGUGUGUGUGUGUGUGUGUGUGUGUGUGUGUGUGUGUGUGAGGGGUGUGUCUAUGAACAGUGUAUGUCAGUGUCACAGGUAUAUACAAGCCCUUGUGUCGUCUUUUUUUCUAUUUUUUGCAGAAGUUUCUCGUUUCUCUUUACACUGGACCUGUGUGGAGCUGAGGGACGAAAAUGAAGAACGAGUGCAAUGAGACAGGGCAAUGGCAGAGUUACAGCGAGAACUACGACCUAGAAAUGGGCCACUGGGAAUCUUCCCAUAUCUCCUAUUUGACCUUCAAAAGCCUUGUGCAGCUCAGCAGAAUGAUGAACACAGGGGUGGUGUUGUUGGACAGAGAGGAACCAUCACUCUCCAGCAUCAUGGAGAAAAUUGUCGAUGAGAUGAUCGAGAAAAAAGAGAUCAGACCUGGCGAGCGUGAUGAGGUUUUUAAAGCUUUAAUGCAGAAGCGUAGCCAAUCAGUGGAGACACAAUCUCUUGCAUCAGCUCUUGAUAUCCAGACUUUCUUAGUACCAGUAAAGAAAGAUGCUUCUGAAGGUGUGGAGGCCUCCAUGGUGUUUGUUGGGGCUCUGGAGUUCCUGGAGAAGCCGAGCGUGGCAUUUGUACGCCUGAAGGAAGCCCACAUUCUGGAGACGCCGCUGGAAUCUUCGGACCCUGUUUGCUUCGUCGUUGCGCUAAUUGGAUCGACCAAAAAUGAUGUGGACUACCAUGAGACUGGACGAGCCAUCGGCGCUCUUUUGUCAGAUCAUGUCUUCAUCCAGGCGGCGUUAAAAGCUCAGAGUGACGAAGAGCUGAAUCGUGCGGUGAAGGACUUCCUGGAUUACAGCGUGGUGAUUCCGCCUACAGAGAUUCAGGAUGAAAGCAUGCUUGCACCUAUUAUUGGUUUCCAGAAGAAGCUCCUUCAGGAGAGACUCCACCCCUCCGAGCCUCAGCACCACCUCAACCCCAAAGCAGACAGAAAACCAUCUAUGUCCAAAGUCCCUCCACCUGAGGAUCCACUGGUGCGCACCGGAAAACCAUUCGGAGGAUUGAUCCGUGACUUUAGAAGACGCUACAAGCACUACAGGAGUGACAUCACUGAUGGCUUAAACACUCAGGUCCUCGCUGCUGUGAUCUUUAUUUACUUUGCCGCCCUCUCCCCUGCUAUCACCUUCGGUGGUCUGCUAGCUGAUAAAGUGGAUAAUAUGAUGGGAGUAUCUGAGCUUUUGCUGUCUACGGCAGUGCAAGGCGUCGUUUUCUGCUUGAUCGCAGCCCAGCCAGUCCUCGUAAUCGGCUUCUCAGGGCCACUGCUGGUCUUCGAAGAGGCCUUCUACGGGUUCUGUAAGUCUCGGGACAUCGAGUACAUCGUAGGUAGAGUGUGGGUCGGCGUAUGGCUCAUUGUCAUCGUCGUGCUCAUGGUAGCGACGGAGGGCAGCUUCCUGGUGCGCUUUAUCUCCCGCUUCACCCAAGAGAUCUUCUCCAUCCUCAUCUCGCUCAUCUUCAUUUAUGAGACCUUCUCCAAACUUGCCAGUAUUUUUAAGGCCCACCCUCUUAAUCUCAACUACGAGCAUUUGAAUACCUCAGUCGCAGAUCCUUGGCACCCUAUCAUCACCCAUCACACGGCUGUAGAUAAUUCUACAGGCAACAUCACUACAGUCACCACCAUACGUUACCGUGCCUACCCCAACACCGCGCUGCUCUCCAUGUGCUUGAUGUUCGGCUGCUUUUCCAUCGCUUACUUCCUCCGUAUAUUCAAGAAUGGCUACUUUCUGCCUGGCAAGGUUCGUCGUUUGAUGGGUGACUUUGGUGUCCCCAUUGCUAUUGUCCUUAUGGUGGUUGUGGAUAUUAGCAUUAAUGACACCUACACGCAAAAACUAGUGGUGCCCAAGGGCUUGCAGGUGUCUAACCCUGCCAUGCGAGGCUGGCUCAUUAACCCCAUGGGCGAGCACAAGCCCUUCCCCACCUGGAUGAUGUUUGCUUGUGUCGUGCCUGCCAUUCUGGUGUUCAUACUCAUCUUCCUUGAAUCGCAGAUAACUACGUUAAUUGUAAGCAAACCAGAGAGGAAGAUGUUAAAAGGAUCAGGCUUCCAUUUGGACCUUCUGAUUUUGGUGAGCAUGGGAGGGCUCUGUGCUUUCUUCGGAAUGCCAUGGCUCAGCGCUGCCACGGUUCGCUCUGUAACACAUGCCAAUGCCCUGACUGUCAUGAGUAAAGGGCCCAAACCGCAGAUCGAGAAAGUUCUGGAACAGAGAAUUAGUGGUGUAUUGGUGGCCCUCCUCGUGGGCCUGUCCAUUCUCAUGGAGCCCAUUCUGAAGAUGAUCCCCAUGGCGGCUUUGUUUGGUAUCUUCCUCUACAUGGGCGUUACAUCUCUGAGUGGCAUUCAGCUGUGGGAUCGCAUGCUGCUGCUCCUUAUUCCAAAGAAGUACCACCCCAAUGAACCGUAUGCUCAAAGAGUCAAGAUGAGCAGGAUGCAUAUGUUCACUGGUAUCCAGAUCGUGUGCCUGGCCGUGCUGUGGAUAGUGAAGUCAAGCCCAUUGUCACUCGCCCUGCCAUUCAUCCUCAUCCUGACCAUCCCGCUGCGAGUGUUCCUCAGCCGGCGCGCCUUCACCAAGCUCGAGAUUAAAUGCCUGGAUGCCAACGAUGCCAAAGUGACGUUUGAAGAGGAGCCUGGGGUGGACAUCUACUCAGAGACUCGAAUGCCGUCAUAAAAAUGUGUUAUGAUGCCAAAUAUACUAUUUUCAGUAUUGACUUGUGACAUGCUUAAUAAAUGCAGUGAAUGAACAAUC